AUGUCUGUUAAAGGAAAAUACGCGAUUAUCACAGGCGGCGGCGCAGGCAUUAAUCUCGCCUUCGCCCGCCUCCUGCUCGGCAAAGGCUGCUCGGUCAUCAUUGGGGAUCUUAGACUCACAGAUGAGGUCCAAGCUGUCUUGAACGAGUUUCCCCAUUACAAUCUAGAUAAAGGUCAACCCGCCGCGAUGUUUUGCAAAGUCGACGUAGUAUCGUGGCAGCAGCUCACAUUGUUCUGGGAAUUUGGACUCGGGGCAUUCCCCAGAAUUGACAUUGUCAUACCUGGUGCUGGGUUAUAUGAACCGCCGUGGUCUAGCUUUUGGCAACCUCCUCGCACUGAGACAAACCCGCAUUCUGCGUCUCUCGACCUUGCUGAUGCUGAGCCGGGACACUAUGCGAUUCUGGACGUCAAUCUAACCGCCCCUAUACGUCUAAGUCAGUUGGCCAUUGGAUAUUGGACGCGUAACAAGUUACCUGGCUGUAUCGUCCACCUUGGAAGCAUCGCCGGAUAUAUUUCAGGUCCAGCUACACCUUUAUACUACGCUAGCAAGCAUGGUAUUCACGGCUUCGUCAAGUCUUUAGGCGAUCUACGCGAUCAACUAGGCAUUCGAAUCAGCGCAAUCGCCCCUGCACCCGUACUCACUGCCUUAUGGAAUAGCGACGAAGCCCGACUGAAUACUUUAAUGAAAGAUGCGACGUUUGUUCCUAUGGAAGAAGUUACGGCGGCCAUGUACGAACUUGUCGUUAAUGAAGAAUAUGGUAAUGGGACUAUAUUGGAAGUGACAGCCGGUGCGACGAGAGUUAUUCCUAAAUUCAAUGCGCGUCCUCCAACCGCUGGGUCAAUAGGAGCGCCAAACGCGAAACUCUAUUAUGACCAACUGUUUGAUGAUUUAAAGACGAAGGGUUUGCAAACGUAG